UCCAGCCUCUGUCGGGAUGACGGGGGAUGCGGUGAUUAGGGGAGCGAAAACACCGAAAGCCGGACCAGACGGCAGAGAGUCCUGGCGCAUGGUUCUCGCGUGUUUCACGACGACUUUUCUCGUCGGGGGCUCGACGCGGUCCGCAGCUGUUCUGUACGUGGCCGUGAUGGAGACAUUCAAUGUGACGCGUGGUGAGGCCGCUUGGCCAAUCUCACUCAUUUCGGGCUUCGUCAAUUUCGCAGGAAUUCUAUCCGGUCCGCUUAGCACAAAGCUCGGCUUGCGAAUAACCUGCAUCAUUGGCGGCUCAAUGUCUUUUGUAUGCUUGACCGCGAGUUAUUUCGCCACGGGAAUACCGUACCUGACGAUCUCCUUUGGGAUACUGAACGGAAUUGGGAUCGGUCUCAUGUAUAACUUGAACCCUGUGAUUUUGAGUCACUAUUUCCGGGAGUACAAGGGAUUGGCUCUCGGUAUAAACUACUGCGGGUCCACCGUGGCCGCCAUGGUGUUCCCGAAGUUCAUGGAAUAUCUGUAUAGAUCGUUCGGCUUGAGGGGACUCUUCCUCAUAUUCGCCGCUAUCAUGCUGAAUACGCCCGUGAUCUCGUAUCUGAUGCACAAACCUCCAUGGACCCGGAAGAAGAUGCUCGCACCGAAUAUCGGGAGGGAGUUCAUCAGGCGUAUGACGAGCGCCUCGAACCGGGAAUCUCGGGCUCCGAGCAUGGACGGAGCAGCUGAGCUUGAGGACAAUCGAGACCGAUCGACGUCAAUCAGCGUUGCGGGAGUUAAGCCAGGGAAAAAGAACGCGGAUCUCGUCCUAGCCACCGAUAUUGGAAUAGGUGUGCUGCCGAUGACUAUCGGCGGGGAGGAAGAGAAUAAUUGCGAUGAUGAGGCCAAUCCGCAUCUCGAUAACGUCACCGUAAGAGAGGACAACACGAUGCCGUCCAUCGACAACUUCCCUCAUUUGUCAACCAUUCGGAGCAUAAGCGAGAUUGUCGAAGCGAGUAGUCCAGACGCCGAGGGAGAAGAGGAUGUUCCCGAUCCCGAGCCAGAGCUCUCACUGCGGGAAAUUUUCUGCAAUCCAUUGUUCUAUCUGCUGAUCGUGUCCUACCUAGUGUUCACCACAUACACGGAUAUCCUUUUCACGGUGAUAGUUGACCUCUUCUGCGACAAAGGCGUGGAUCAGCCGCUGGCCAUCGCGACCAUUCCCCUCGUCUCGAUCACGGAUAUGGCAGGGAGAAUCGCCUUACCGCUGAUCGCAGAUAAGGGCAUCGUGGAUCGUAAGGUCGUUUUCGCAAUCAACUUCCUCUGUUUGGGAGCCUCGGCCUGCAUCAUCCCUCUGGUUUCUGGUUAUGUCGCCCUCACCGCAAUGUUCCUUCUGGUAGGCUGGUUCUACGGUUCAACCGUGGUGAUGUGUACAGUCAUAGUUUCCGAUCUCCUAGGAGUUCACAACCUGGCCGUGGCGAACGGUCUGAUUUGCUCGAGCGUGGGAUUCAUAGCUUUCGGGAGGCCUGCUUUCAUUGGCUUCUUUCGAGAUACGGUGGGAUCCUACGAUCCCAUGUUAUAUUUCUGGGGCGCAGGCUGUCUCUCAAUGGCCGCUGUUUGGAGUGUUGUUUUGCUCGCACUCAGGAGAGCGAAGAAAGAAAGAUGAAUAGCGACGGAAAAUCCGGGCCCCGUCGCGAGACUGCCGGGAACAGAGUAUAACAAUAUCGAGUCGACAGAGGACUGGCGUCAGGCGGACAGAGGGCAAGCCGAUUCCGGAAAGUGACGACAAGGUGUC